CAUUUGCAUCUAUCCUUUGGGAGACAACAUCAACAUUGUAUCAGGUAUCUCUUUUACCAGGCAGACCUGAACAUGAAUUUCAAGGGAUGUGGACCCAUUUUCUUUGGAUUCCUGAUGGUUGUGUUCAUAGUUGAAAACUAUGCUGCUGACAAUAAGCAAUUCAAUAGGCAGCACUUUGACAACCCCAAGAGCAAUGUUGGAAAACGUUAUUGUGAUGCCAUGAUGCAAAGACGUGGGAUGACCAAACCUCAGUGCAAGUCUGUGAACUCCUUCAUCCAUGGCACUAAGAAGGAUAUCAACGACGUGUGCGGCAAGGGAGGGAAGCCUUACGGCAACAAUUUGAGGCGUAGCAAUAAGCAGUUCUCUGUCACCACCUGCAAGCUCAGUGGAGGCUCUACCCGUCCACCUUGUAAAUACAGAGAGAACAAGUCAAAUAGAUAUAUUGUUAUUGCUUGUAGAGAUGGGAAGCCUGUACACUACGAAGAAGGUCAGAUCUAAGAUGCAUAUAUACUGUGCUCAACAUUCCUGAUAUGAGAAUAUUGAAGCCGUCUCCUAUGCCUCAUCUAUAGAAAAUGUAGGUUGGUUUGUAAAUCUGGAGUCAGUUUGUGUAACUUUCUAUUCCCACUUUUGUUUUGCGUCUCCACUUUUGUACUUUCUGGGCCUCCAUUGUGGUCAGUGGUUCACAUGGAAAGCCUGUACAUUUUAAUAAAGGUCAGGUCUCAGUGGCAAGGUUGUAAGUGCUGUGCUCAUGUGCCUCUUGUGAGUAAAACUGAGCCAGCUAUGACCCAUCAAUGGAAAAUGUAUCAUUAGCUCAUAAACCUAUGGGGUUAUUUUGAUUAACUUUACUGCAUUCUUGUUGCUUUUCUCACUAUACACUUUCUUUGCUUUCAUUUGAAGCUUAAAGUGAAAAACAGAAGGAAAAAAACGCCUGAGCCAUCAUUCUGACUUUCCUUUAACUAAUCCAGCCAUGUCUAUCUUACCAAUUACUGCUAAAUAUAUAAACUAUGCAGAGCA